AUUCGUCGAUGAAUAGCAGGCAGUGCGAGUUUAGGCUAGCGAGCACGUGGUCAACCCCUUAUAUAUCGCGCGGAGGGUUGACAGGGUUUAUCAGUUUGCAGCGGGUUCUUCUCUUAAUUACAUCAGAAGCAAACAGCGCGUUCCGCCCUAUUUUCCGUCGAUGUCGGACAUUGUUACAAAGGAUACCUCUUCCUCGGGAAGAUCCUUAUCGAUGGACUUGAACGGAGUGAGCAUGCCCUACCCGGCCUGCCUGCCCCUCGAGGACCAGGGCGUGCGCACGGGCGUGCGGGAGCCGUGCACGUCGUGCCGCUGCGGGCCGUCGUGCUCGUGCCGGCGGCCGCUGGAGUUCCCGCGGCGCGUGCUGGCGCUGCCGCCCGUGCGCUCCGCCGCGGCGCUGUACGCGCGCGCCAAGGAGUCGCACGCGAGCGUCGCAUGCGCGCUGACGGCGGCCGAGGUGGCCGCGCUGGUGGCGGCGGCGCCGGCGCGCCUGGUGAUGCGGCCGCUGCGCGGGGCGCUGGCCACGCCCGUCUACGUCGCCGACCUGCUGCUGUGCAAGGCGCUCGACCUCGCCCAGCGAGUGCUGCCCUGCAUUGCGCAGACGCCGCAGAAGACUUGUCGCGACGUUGCCCUGUGCACGUGCGUGCUCCCGGCAGGCGCGUGCCUGUUCAGCGCCCGGGCCGUGUGCCGCGGCGCGCGCCUCUGCCUGUGCGACGUGCCGGCCGCCGCCGUGGGCGCGCCCGCUGUGGCCGCGUGCGGCCUGGCCGAGCUCUGCCUGUGCAGCGCGCCCCGUGCCGCCUGCUGCCCGCCCGCGCACGUGGCCGCCACGGCGGCGCGCGGAGCCCUGCGGGACACCCACGCGCUGCUGCGCGACGUCUCCUUCGCGGCCAACUACUGCUCCGCCAACGUCAACGCACAGUAGAUUUCCUAUAAUGUUCCUCGCUUGUUAAAACUUUUAAUGCUCAAAGCUGUUUAAACUGCAUGUUUUUUAAAUUUAUGUAAUGUACCAGUAACAAAAGUAAUAAAUUUUGAUGUUCCAAUUUCU